AGCGGAUGACCUGACCUGACCUCUCGCGCGUGCUCGCGCGGCUCAGACAGGUGGCGGCACAGGAGCCAUGCAGAUUUCAAGCGUCAGCAGUCCGUUUGCGAUCUGUCAGUGACGUGGCGCCUAUCAUGAGGAUGAUCAUAGAAUGGAGAUCCGAGUCCAUGCACGAUGAUUCAGAAUCUUGCAUCGCUUCCAGAUCCACAUGGAACAGGUCAGGAGAGAAAACGCCAGCGGAGGCGAGCCAGCGAUGAGACCGCAGUUGCACUGGGAGCGAAAGCGAAGGCGAGGGGACGCUGGCGACCGGGCAAGUGGAGAUGGGGGAUCGGGAGCGUAUCGCGGUACAGGGAAACGCCGCUUUCGCGGCGAUCGGUAGCGGAUCCGGGGGAGGACCGAAGCGAUCGCGUCCGGCGACAGCAGCUGCUGCCGCUGCUGGAAGCAAUCGCUGGGUGGGCUCUCGAUCGAAAGCGACGGGCGGGCUCUCGUAUCGCCCGCCAGGCGUCGCAAGAAUCCGCGCCCCGGAUGUGGGUGGCUGCUGCUUUUCAGUCCAUAUCUCAGCAGCAGCUCGUUGCAAUCUUGGAGAUUACAACGCGUCCCACCGCAUCGGCCUCCACUCCGAUCCAGAGUUUUGCGGGUGUCCAGCCGGCGGCGGUGGGGGUGCGAGAUGUCGUCGGAGAGGGUGAGGGGGGCGGUGAAGUGGUUCAACCCCACCAAGGGGUUCGGCUUCAUCACCCCCGACGACGGCGGCGAGGAGCUCUUCGUCCACCAGUCCUUCAUCAAGUCCGACGGCUACCGCAGCCUCAACCCGGGCGACACCGUCGAGUUCGCCAUCGGCUUCGGCGACGACGGCCGCGCAAAGGCCAUCGACGUCACCGCGCCCGGCGGCGGCGCGCUCCCCAGCGGCGACCGCGGCUUCGGCGGCGGGGGUGGCUACGGCAGAGGACGCGGCGGGUGCUAUAACUGUAGCGAGUCCGGUCACUUUACCCGCGAGUGCCCCAACUCCAACAACAGCUUUUUUUUUUUUUUUAUACUCUUCACUACUGAAUACAGCUGUAGUAUAUGAAUAUGAACGCACGCACUCACUUCACACACACGAACUCACACUACACACACCUAACGCACGCACAUACUAGCCGUACUCCAACAACAGCUAAGCGGCCACCGUCGCUUCGGAUCCGACUUCCACGUUGGCUCUUGGUAUUUUUUAUUAAUAUAUUAUAAUAAAAAGUAAUAGUCAAUGUAUUUUAAAGAUAAUAUUAGUAUUAAAAAUAGCGUUUAUUUCAGACUGUUGGGAGUAUGGUCGAAUGAUGAUAGACAUUAUUAAAGUUACAUCAACUUUUACACAUAUGAUUGAUUAAUUUUCUCAAAAGUAGACAGAUUUGUAUUAGUCACAUAAUGUCCUUAAAUUCAAGAUACUUGCUGACUUGCAUUUAUACAUACAUUUACAGAGUAAAUGCCUGUUUAUUUUUACUGUAAAUUGCCAUAAUUUGAAUUUUAUAGAGAAAUUUAGUUAUAUCAAAUUAUGAAUUAUGAGAUUCCGUAGUACAAUUUAGUUUGUAAAUAGUGAGAAAUAAUUUUAAGAUUGAAAUUGUUUGUUAUUGAUUUUGCUUUUAGAGCUAGAAUCUAUAAUCAUAAUAAAAACAAACCGACCUAAAACGGGGCCUAAGUAGCAUUAUCCGUGCUAGAGCUAGUAGUUUGUGAACCAAGACUUCACAGGGCAGCAGAUCCUAAUUUGCUAUGCAGCUGCGCGGAAAGCGAAGGCGAGGCCGGGCAAGUGGAGAGGGGAUCGGGAGCGUAUUGCGGCACAGGGAAACGCCGCUUUCGCGGCGAUCGGUAGCGGAUCCGGGGGAGGACCGAAGCGAUCGCAUCCGGCGACAGCAGCUGCUGCCGCUGCUGGAAACAAUCGCUGGGUGGGCUCUCGAUCGAAAGCGACGGACGGGGUCUCGUAUCGCCCGCCAGGUAUCACGAGAAUCCGCGCCCCGGAUUUGGGUGGCUGCUGCUUUUCCUUCCAUAUCUCAGCAGCACUACAGUCUACAGCUCGUUGCAAUCUCGGAGAUUUGGCAGGGGAGAGUUGGAAACAACCGAGCAAAUCGUCGAAAUCAGCUGGAUUUCGGAGUUGCUGUGCUACCAACACGGGAACUCCAAAUCCGACGAUUUUUCUGCCUGCCAUUUUCAGUUACUACUGGCGAUCCUUAGCAGUGGGCAGCUCAGCUGCAGAUGGCUAGCUAAGUAUUCGUGGAUUGUAAAAAAACACAAACAUUAGAUGGGUUAUAAGAGUGUUGCUGAACGAAUAUG